GGUCUGACAGAAGAAGUUUCUUAAGGAAGGCAAGACAAACCCUCAGCCUGGAAACUUUCUGACACAAGCAGGGCUGAGGGGAGAGAGGAGCUUUUGGCUGCUGCUGGGAAAAAGAAGAGGAAAAAAAAAAAAAAAAAAAGAGAAGCUGAAGGAAUUAAAAGGAGGGGAGAAAAAAAAAAGAAGAAGAAAGAAGGGAAAGCACUCAAAAAGGGGCGAUGCGGGGGCUGGGGACGAGCCCGUGCUGAGCCCGCGGUGCUGGCCUGGCACUGCCCACCCCGCCGGCCUCGGGAGAGCACGGAGCGGCCGAGGAUGCCUGCGGAGGGACCCGGGACUCCUCUCUGGACAUAAGGGGUGGCCAAGGGAGAGACAUGUGGGGACAGCGCCCUCCCAGCCGGCACAGAUCUCCCUGCUCCGACGCGAGCGGCGCUGACCAUGGCCACAGCUUGGAGGCUCCUCACCUGGACCGUCACCCUCGGCCUGGCCGGGGGCACCUUCCCCGGCUUCCCCUUCCAGUCACAAGAGGAAUUCCUCUCCAGCUUGGAUCACUAUGAGAUCGCCUUCCCCAUCCAAGUGGACCAGAACGGCGAUUUCCUCACCUUCGACAUGCGCCGGCAGCUGAAGCCGCGGCCGCGGCGCUCGCUGCCCUACGAGCCCUCGGAGCAGCAGGUCUUCUACAAAGUCUCUGCCCACCACACCCAGUUCCUGCUCAACCUCACCCUGCACUCCAACCUGCUGGCCGAGCACUUCACCGUGGAGUACUGGAAGCGGGAUGGCAUGGACUGGCAGCACGACUUCCACGAGGACUGCCACUACGCCGGCCACCUGCAGGACCAGUACCUCAGCUCCAAGGUGGCCAUCAGCAACUGCAACGGGCUGCACGGGGUGAUCGUGGCAGAUGAGGAGGAAUAUUUCAUCGAGCCCCUGAGCCCUGGAGCCAACGUCAGCAUGGGGGGAGAGGGCAAGGGCAGCCCCCACGUGGUGUACAAGCGCUCGUCCCUGCAGUACCCUCACAUGGAUGCAGCCUGUGGAGUGCUGGACGAGAAGCCCUGGAAGGGGAGGCACUGGUGGCUCAGGACACUGAAACCUUCCCCCCUGAAGCCACCGGGCAACCACAGCCAGCGGGGCCAGCUGCCCCUGAAGAGGUCGGUGAGCACCGAGCGCUACGUGGAGACGCUGGUGGUGGCUGACAAGAUGAUGGUGGGCUACCACGGCCGCAGGGACAUCGAGCAGUACAUCCUGGCCAUCAUGAAUAUUGUUGCCAAACUUUUCCAGGACUCGAGUCUGGGCAAUAUUGUCAAUAUCCUGGUCACCCGGCUGAUCCUGCUCACCGAGGAUCAGCCCACGCUGGAGAUCAACCACCAUGCUGGGAAGUCCCUGGACAGCUUCUGCAAAUGGCAGAAAUCCAUAGUGAACAGGAACGGCAACGGGAACGCCAUCCCGGAGAACGGCAUCGCCAACCACGACACCGCCGUGCUGAUCACCAGGUACGACAUUUGCAUCUACAAGAACAAGCCCUGUGGCACCCUGGGCCUGGCCCCCGUGGGGGGGAUGUGUGAGCGGGAGAGGAGCUGCAGCAUCAACGAGGACAUCGGGCUGGCCACGGCCUUCACCAUCGCCCACGAGAUCGGCCACACGUUUGGCAUGAACCACGACGGGGUCGGCAACAGCUGCGGCUCGCGGGGGCAGGAGACGGCCAAGCUGAUGGCUGCUCACAUCACCAUGAAGACCAACCCCUUCGUGUGGUCCACCUGCAGCAGGGAUUACAUCACCAGCUUCCUGGACUCGGGGAUGGGACUGUGCCUGAACAACGCUCCUCCCAAGCAGGAUUUCAUCUACCCCACGGUGGCCCCGGGCCAGGCCUACGACGCCGACGAGCAGUGCCGCUUCCAGUACGGAGUCAAAUCCCGCCAGUGUAAAUACGGGGAAGUCUGCAGCGAGCUGUGGUGCCUGAGCAAAAGCAACCGCUGCAUCACCAACAGCAUCCCGGCAGCCGAGGGCACCAUCUGCCAAACCAACACCAUCGACAAGGGGUGGUGCUACAAGAGGGAGUGUGUGCCCUUCGGGACGCGGCCGGAGGGCGUGGACGGAGCCUGGGGGUCGUGGUCAUCGUGGGGCGAGUGCAGCCGGACGUGCGGCGGCGGCGUGUCCUCGUCCGUGCGCCACUGCGACAGCCCCAGGCCCACCAUCGGAGGGAAGUACUGCCUGGGAGAGAGGAAACGCUACCGCUCCUGCAACACUGACGUGAGGGGUGUCAAGGCCUGUUCCCUCAACUGCCUGGCCGAGGGCUUCAACUUCUACACGGAGAGAGCAGCGGCCGUGGUGGAUGGGACCCCCUGCAGGCAGGACUCCAACGACAUCUGUGUCAACGGGGAGUGCAAGCACGUGGGCUGUGACCGGGUGCUGGGCUCCGACUCCAAGGAGGACAAGUGCCGGGUGUGUGGGGGAGAUGGCAGCUCCUGCGAGACCAUCGAGGGCGUCUUCAACCAGUCCCUGCCCGAGGGAGGUUAUGAGGAGGUGAUCCAGAUCCCCAAGGGUUCUGUCCACAUCGACAUCCGGGAGCUGAACCUCUCCAUCAACUACCUGGCGCUGCGAGGGGACAGUGGGGAAUAUUUCAUCAACGGGAAGCUCUCCAUCGAUCCCCCCCGGCGCUUCGACAUCGCCGGCACCACCUUCCACUACAGGAGGUCCCCUGAGGAGCCCGAGUCACUGGAGGCUUUGGGACCCACCAACAUCACCCUCUUUGUCAUGGUGCUGGUGCGGACGGAGCCGCAGGGGAUCCGCUACAAGUUCAACGCUCCCGUGGGCAGGGAUGGCUCCAGCCUGUACUCCUGGCACUACACCCCAUGGACCAAGUGCUCCGUGCUGUGUGCAGGGGGCAGCCAGAUCCAGUCUGUGGUGUGCAGGAAGCUCUCUGAUGGCUCAACUGUCCCCAACCAUUUCUGCAGCGCUGACACCAAAGUCCCCGAGCGACAGAGGAGCUGCAACACCGAGCCCUGUCCCCCGGCCUGGGCCAUUGGGAACUGGUCCGAGUGCAGCCGGAGCUGCAACGAGGGCGUCCGGACCCGCAGCGUCUUCUGCAAGAGGAAGAUCUCUGCCAGCGAGGAGAAAACCCUGGAUGAUGCCUCCUGCACCCAGCCACGGCCUAAGAUGCUGGAGCCCUGCAACAACCAAACGUGUCCUCCCGAGUGGGUGGCCCUGGACUGGUCAGAGUGCACCCCGAGCUGCGGGCCCGGCUUCCGCCACCGCAUCGUGCUGUGCAAGAGCGGCGACCACAGCGUGACCCUGCCCACCUCCCAGUGCCACGAGGCCACCAAGCCCCCCACCAGCAUGAGGUGCAACCUGCGGCGCUGCCCCCCGCCCCGCUGGGUCACCGGCGAGUGGGGAGAGUGCUCUGCCCAGUGUGGCCUCGGCCAGCAGAGGAGAUCCGUCCAGUGCCUGGCCCACACGGGGCAGCCGUCCAUGGAGUGCGUGGAGGCCCUGCAGCCCCCCGGGAUGCAGCAGUGCGAGACCAAGUGCGAGUCAGGGCCCACAGACAACCCUGAAGAGUGCAAGGAUGUGAACAAGGUGGCCUACUGCCCGCUCGUCCUCAAGUUCAAGUUCUGCAGCCGGACCUACUUCCGACAGAUGUGCUGUAAAACCUGCCAGGGCCACUAGGACACAGCGGGACACAGCGGGACCCCCGUGGCAAAACUGGAAGGCCAAAGCUUCACUGGAGGGCUGCCGAGCCCUGCCCUGCCCGGGAACCUCCCCUGGCUCCCGCACAGACUCCGGUCACGCUCCCACGGGCGUCACCCAAAGCCGUCCCCCACAGACCCCCUUGGCCCCCGAGCUUGACAGAGGCAGGUUCCCAGUUCAACCACUGCAGCCCCAGCUGGAUGAGCGCUGGGAGAGGGGGGAGCUGGGCAGAGCAGGGACUUUACUUGAAAUGCUGAUGUUGUUAUUUAUUGGUAACGGAGCCCGGUCCCGCUGGGGGAAGCGGCACCGCUCGCCCCGCUCCUGCCUCAUCCUGCUCCGUGUCCCCAGGGCACCGUCACGGGGCUUGGGCACUCCAGGGGCUGCUGGCCUUCCCUCGGGACCCCAGGGGAGCCAGGGAGGAGGGUUCAGGUCCUGGGGUGGCCAGUGUGGCUUGUGGCUCCUGGGUGAUGGGUGAAGAGGAGCUGCUGUGGGGAGUGGGGCUGGAGCAGGGAUUUUGUCCCUUGGUUUGCACCCUGUCACCUCGGGGCUGGGAUCAGGCCACCCUGUGAGCAGAGGGUGACACCAUCAGUUCAGCUGGGAAAGGGGGUUCUCCAAACUCCCGUAGCCACCAGCUUGGAUUGGGCUGUUCCCCUGCUUGCCCUUGUCACUUUUAGGACCAGUUUUUACCCCUUGAAGCACGAGCUGAGCUGGGGGCAGAGGCGUGCUGGGGGCUGCAGUCACUUCGUGGGCAUCGAGGCUGUGCCAGGCUCAGGGAGAGCAGCACAGCAGCGUGCAGGACAAGAAUGGGCCUGGCACAGUGUCCCCAGGGCCUGGCAUGGCAGGGCCCUGCCCAGAGACAGCCUCAGCCUCACUUCCAAAGGUGCUUGACUUCCAAAGGUGCUUUGCCUCCAAAAGGUGCUUUGUCUCCAAAGGCAGCCUGGCCACAUGUGGCCGUGGCCUCAAGGUGCCAGUCCCAGUGCCACCCACCCCUCUGCCCACAGGAGGCCUCCAGAGAUGGGAAAAGAGCAGGCUUGAAAUUCCUCCAGGUCACCUGGUGGCCAAACCUGGGCCAGCUCCUCCACGGGCAGCCUGUGGAGGAGACCUGACUUCAACUCUCCAAAGCAUGUGCUUUUUGUUGGCAUUGUAAUUGUAAUUAUGAUGAUUAUUUUCAGGCCUUUCCACAUCACAGCGAUGGGAAACCUUUGUCCAAAGCCAUGUUUUGUUCCCUUGGGGCCAUCCCUGUGGUCAGGAGGGGACAGCCCCCUUCCCCCCGAGAAAAGCCCCCGUGUGUUCCUCUCCCAGCUCCGUUUUUGUGUCCACCUGCUCCUCGGCCGAUCGCAGCUUCUCUGGUGCUCAGCAAACCUCGUUUCUCUUCCUUCCUAGUGCCAUGCUCCGUUCUGAUGGUUUUGGGUGAGGGGAGGGGGUGUUUUCACCGUUUUUAUAUCGAUAUAUAUCCUACUGACCAAUGUUUAACAUACUAACUCUGAGGAGGAGCGACGUAAGGCAUGAAUUAUA